CUUAAAAAAAAACAACCCUUGCGAAGAGUGGUUGUUUCCUUGGGACACCGUUAAAAAUAUCCCGCUUGCGCUUAGUCGGGCGCUUCGGAAAAAUCCUUUAGGCAGUGCGGUUGUUUGUAGGUUAUUUGAGUCAGCCGAUCCAUCCGGCAGCUGCAGUGAAAGUAAACAAGCACGGGUCAAGGGUGUUGCGAUAGCUGUCCAGUCGGCCCAACUUUCUCAUGUAGCUCUCUUUGUGUAUGUGUUUUAUGCGGGUUUUUGAAAUUAAAUAUGCCUAAGGUUUGUGGGAUGUGCGGGUAACAGAAACGUCCCCCUGGAAGUGCAGCCCGUGGCCACGGGCAGCCAUCGGGUGCGGGUGCUCCCGCGCGGGCACCCCUUCCCUGCGCCGCAAGGCUGGGGAGCUGGGCUGGUUGCUCUGCUGCCCCUCGUGCAUGUGGCGCUUCAUGGGGCGGAGGUGGACUGGGGAUAUUGGCAAAACCAGCUGAGGGUUUCACACAGAGAGCUGCAGACCAUCCAGAUCAGUGUCUGAAAUGGAAAAUGAAGCUGCGAUGAAAGAAGGUAACCAUGAAAGGUCACAGGAAUUUGUACUGCCUGCCUCCACAAACACUAACAAAUAAGCACUAUAUGAUACCAUAGGAUGGAGGUGGACUUGGUUUCUGUUAAUGACGCUUGUCACACAGGUGAGGAAUACUCAGGUAAUUCCAGACAAACCUCCGAGAGGGUAGGCCGCAAAACUAGCCUCCAGCUGGAGGUGGAGGAAGAUUACUCACCACCUUCUAGUCCUGGGUGCAUCCCUGCUGGGCCUUCUGUCCGACAAGAAAUCCUUGUAGAACUACAGUGUGAAGAAGAGGAGACCUUUGAAACUUACUACCAGAAACGUAACUCAGCCACCCCUGGGGUUUUUGUCACCUCUAGUACCAACUUUGACCUGCAGUGUGAAGAUGAAGAUUUAGAGCGCUGUUCCUCUGAACACUCUGAGGAACCUCAAGGAGGGAUAAGCGAGGAUGAUGAAAGCAUCAUUCUUAUUGAUUCUUUUGAGGAGGAGGAGGAAGAGGACUUGGAGCCCAUCUCUGGAAGUACUUUGACUUACAGGAGCAAGAAAUGUGAUGCCUCUUUCCAGGAUGUGAGUGAGUUGCAAGAACACAAGCAAAUUCAUCUCGUGGAGAACUCAUUUCAGUGCCCUAUCUGUGGCAAAGAGUUCUUUCGUGCUGCAAACUUGCGAAUGCACAUGCUCAUUCAUUCCAGUGACAGGCCAUACAAAUGUCCAGAAUGUGAUAAGGGUUUCAUCCGCACAGCUGAUGUCUGGAGGCACCUACGCAACGUACACAAGAUAGAGCGUUCAAAGAUUUUAGGAAAUGGCGUGGCUAGGAACUUGUGGUCUUCGGUACACAGGAACCAGAAUGGUGGGAAGGAUGUUUAUCAGCAGUGUUCUGGUGACCAGAUGCCUGGAGAGGAAGAGUGUAGACCAUACAUCUGUCCAACGUGUGGCAAAGGUUUCCAUAAGCCUAACCUGCUUUCCAAACAUAAGGUGAUCCACCGGCAAGACAAGCCUUAUGAAUGUCACGAAUGUGGGAAGUCCUUUGUGCAGCUGCUCAGGUUGAAAAGACACCAGAAAACUCACUCUGGGGAGCGCCCCUUCUAUUGCGAGGAGUGUGGAGGGACGUUCACCCGGCUGGCAUCGCUCCAGCGCCAUCAGCGGAUCCACACUGGAGAGAAGCCCUAUUCUUGUGCUUACUGUGCUCAGGAUUUCACUGAGUCAGGUUCCUUGAGGAGACAUGAGCGCACACACAAAAUGAAAACUCCGUAGUUUCCGGAACUCUGCGCACUGGUGGCUACAUUGUUUCCUUUUGACAUAAUUUGUACAUUCUGAUUUGAAAAAUUCUGCUCAUAAAUAGAGGUGCAAAAAGGUCUGUCCCCAGUCACUGUCUGCAAGACAGCCAGUAUAACUCUGGCUAGAUGACAUGAUUCUUAAGGAACUCUGGUCCCUGCAGGGAAGACCAGUGUUUGCUGGUGGUACACCAUUCCUUGGCAGCUGCAAGAGGAAAUGCUUCCACUGCCAUUGUAUCAGGUUGAAGUCAAGAGAUGCACAGUUGCUGAGCGUUGUCAGGACUAGCUGGACUCAUCUGGGGCAUCUAAGUAUGUUGAAUUAGAGCUCUUGUGCACAUGUGAUCUCCAAAUUAUGAUAUUACUGUCUAGAUUAUCACCACCCUCUGGGGCUGGUUUUGCAGAACUGUCCUGAUAGGCUGCCCAGCCCACAUGACCAGAACAAUUCAUCCAUCCCUUCCAUCCAUACAUGCUGUCUUCUUUUACUGUAUUAAUUGUAAUAAUCCAUGAUUUGGAUUUUUUUUUAAGUGGCCAUUUAUCAUCUGUACCCCAUGCAAUUGUUACUUGCCUGUGGAGGUAUUGGUCCCUCAUGUGCAUAUAUAUUACUAGAGUUUUCCUUAUGAAUAUUGAUGAAUGAAGAGAGGGUUGUGUGCUUGGCUUCCAGUAAUGUGUGAGGAAGGAGUAUGUGAUUCUGUGCAUCCUGAGUUGAGGUAGAAGCAAGCCUUUAGCCUGGCCUUCUACUGCAUUACUGUAAGAGAUGUCUAAGAAUUUUAAAUUCAGAAAAAAAUGAUAAUAAAAAUGGUGAAAAUCU